AUGUCCAAUGAAACCAUGGAUGCUGAAGAGCAGGGACAAGAUAAAACGUGCCGUUUGUGUUUGAAGAAUAUCACCCGAACUGGAAACAAGGUCGGUAUCGAUAUUUCGGAUAGCUUGGAUAUUCGAAAAUUACUCCUGGAAGUGUAUGAAGUGAAGGUACUGACCACCGACAGCAGCCCAACUAUGAUGUGCAUGCCUUGCUAUCAACAACUAGUAAAACACUAUUCAUUUCGCAUGAAACUUUUUACGAGUAGGAAAACAUUUAAACUAAAUCAAUCGUUGUUGGUCACACACAUUAUUGCUUUCGGAGACAAUUCCCAACAAGAAGCGGAUACGAAAACCGAUGGCGAUAGGUUUGUUUCCUCGAAAGAACAAUCUACUCAAACGGAGACACCAGGGUCAUCAGAGCAUAGUUCUCCUAUCACAACCAAAUCAUUGGAUAAUGGACGUAGACAAAACGAAAAAUCAGCAAGCAAUGUGAAACAAAAACCACGGGACAAUGCAGUAACUGCUACAAACACCAUCAGUGCGGAAAAGCGAUUGGUGCCACUAGUUGUGGACUGUCUCAAGGAGCCACUCUACUUGAAGGCACUACACCCCAUACUGGCGUCAACUAGACCGGACAAUCUUGCACCGUUGUUGUUUCUUUGCAGUCGUUGCUACAAGACAUUCAAUUCCAAAGAAAAGUUGGAACACCACCAGUCAGAGGGUUGUGUUGCGUGCUGUCGCUUCUGCCAGUCGGAACAGCAGGUGGAUCAUAGUUGCCCGAAACAACGGGAAUACGCAUCUUUCAUGCGACAUAUUGUUGGCACCCAGAAAUAUGUCAGCACGCAUGCCACCACUAAUGCCAUUUCUGAGAACAUUGCUGAUGAAUCGGUUGCACGCGUUGAACGGGAGAAGAGUAUCGAGCCAAAGCUAAAGAAGAGGAAACUGGACGCUAACCAUAAUGGACGAGAUUCAUUAUCCGAACGCAACUCGACUACACCUUAUUCAUUGCAUGCAGAGAUACCCCACAUUCAAGCAGCUGAGGCACGGCCCGAACCAGCAUUACCCAGUGUUGCAGCUUCCGUGGUCAACGUUUCAUCUUCGGAUGAUGACUCUUCGAAGUUAAUAAUAGAUGAACCUAAACCACCCGCCAGAGACCGUUCGAAAUCCAAAAAACGGAGGAAAUAUUAA